CACUAGCAAAAUCUACAAAUCACAUAGUACUAUUUUCCACAAAGUACCAUCGACAUCACUGAUUCUAUGUGCAGCCGCGCUGCAAAUGUCAAAAAAUUUUCUAACGGCUGCUGCUGCUGUUGACACUUGACAGUGGGUGUAGUAGAAAAAUAUUGAUAAGCCCACAAAAAAUUGGCUUUAAAUAAAAAAAUUAAUUUUUAAUUAAUAACCGAAUUUAGAAGUUAAUUUAAAUGUAUCUCAAAGUUUAAUUAAAUAAGUAAUCUAUAAAUUUGUAUACUCUUUAAAAAAAAUGAACGAACUAAAAGCACCCUCCUUGCAAUCAUUAUUGGAAUCUGAUCGUGGUUCCACCGAUAGCUUAUUGGCUGAAUCCUUGCAAUUAGAUAUCGAAGACUUGGACGAUGUGGAAUAUUCUAUUCCACCGAUGGGAGCACUCCCGACUCUGGAAAGUGUUCUCAGUGAAUUCGAAGGCGAUUCGGAUAUAGCAUCGACAAAUACAAUUCCAGCACCAACACCAACUCCUUCAAUGGGUGGUGAUGAGACCACACGAGGGGGUGGUUCCAUCAUGAGACACGUUCUCCUUCAAGGUGUCUCAUCACAAACAUCAUCCGCUGCGGAUCGAGUUCAUGCUGGAAUGGCAACAGCAUGCGCUGUUUCGCAGCUAAUUGCCGUUGGCACAUCUCAUGGACAUAUUCUAAAUUUUGACAACACACAAACUCUUCGUUGGGCUCACCAAGACAAAAGUUCUCAGGGUGCUGUAACUGCCCUCGACUACAACCAGGACUGUUCACGUUUGCUUGCUGGCUUUGCUCGUGGAUUAGUUGUUAUGAUUGACACACAUUCCGGAGAUGUCCUGAGAAGUCUAUUUGAUUCUAUUACUCCCAAUACCGGAGUGUUGCAUGUUAAAUGGACUAGUAGACCAGCUCUUGCCUUGUGUUCGGAUUCUGGUGGCUCAGUGUGGUCCCUCAGUUUCACCCGAAAACUAGGAAUCAGAGGAUGUGCAUCCAGAUGUUUGUUUAGUGGAGCUCGAGGAGAGGUUUGCGCUUUUGAGCCUCUUAUUACAGAUACGGACGUGCAACAUGAUUUGGAUCAGUAUUCCAUUGUUGCUCUAGCCACUCUUUCCAAAUACUUUAUAGUCACUAUUCGUCCGCGAUUGAGAGUAAUCAAGUUCCAUACUUUGACUGGUCCACCAGAUUGUUUACCUUUGCUAGCCUGGCAAAUGGUGCUCAUCCAAGCAGCUGAUUCUACACGAACUAUCGAUCCUGUUAUUGUGGUUGCCCGAGGCAAUCAGUUAUUCUUCCAUCAACUGUUUAUCAGCAGUGGUCGAAUAAAUUUAUUGUUCCUACGUCAUGUGCAGCUGGCUUGCAACCUAUUAGCUGUCCAUUGGCUUGGUCCCAAGUCUGUUGCUUGUUUGGAUACAUCUGAAAUUCUGCAUCUUAUCGACGUUCGUUCUAGCAAGGAGAGUGAAUGCUUAGAUAUAGCAAAUGCAGGAUUAGUAUAUGGAUCGGCUCAGUUUAAAGGACUUGCCACAGGUGGUAAUGUCUCACCAGCUUUGGCAUUAGCCGGAAGCUAUGCUUGUUACAACACUGUCAUCUCAAGAGGCACCCAAUUGUAUGUGUUGGGAGCCAGAUCAAUGCAUAUGAUCACAGUUAGAACGUGGAGUGAACGAAUUUCCUACUUGGUUAAGAAUCAACGUUGGUCUGAAGCAUGCGAUCUGGCUAUUGAAUGCUAUAAAGCGGCCGGUGAUCGUCCACGAAAGAAAAUCCAAGCAAAAGAGAGAGCAAUUGUUUUAUUUAGAGAGUACAUAGCUGGUUCUAGUCGUGCUCCAGAGUAUUGUUUGGGUUCGAUUGUAAACUGUUUGAUAGAAGUUAACGAAUUAGACUUGUUGUGGGAUGAACUCUGGGAUAGAUUACAUUCGACUGGACUAUUUUUAACCCUCAUUACCGAACAUAUUGAAAAAGACUCGAUUAAACGAGUUAAUCCUAUAAUUUCUCAAGCUCUAGUUGACUUUUGGAUAAAUCUUUCACCACAGAAACUGGAAGAAAUCCUACUCAAAUUAGAUUGGACAUGUUUGGAUCUUGAUCAAGUUCUUAAAGCUGUCAAAAAGAAAAAACUAUUUAGAGCUCAGAUGUAUUUGAAUACAAAUGCUCUGGGUGAUUAUACAAUAUCCCUAACUGAAUUGAUACCACAAAUUGACAAAGAAGAACCACAUCUAGGCAAUAGUCUGCUAGUGUAUAUUUCGAGUUGUUUAGCUGGACGAGGCUAUCCGCAUGGUGAUAUUCCGCCGGAACAAGUUCAAAAUGUCAAACAUGAAGUCUUGCGAUGUUUGGCUUCGUUACAUUCGUCGACUAGUGAACCGAAUGAAUUGCCUUAUCCAUAUUUGAGAGCUUUGCUAAAAUUCGAUACCCGGGAAACUUUAAAUGUGAUUUCUUUGGCAUUCCAAGAGAAGGAAUUCAAUGGUGAGCUGGGAUUUUCACAUCGCAAGAGAAUUAUAAAUAUAUUGCUGGAAGUUAUGACGCCAGAAAAUGCAACGUGGUCCGAAAUAGGUUGCCUCCUAAAUUUUAUCAGCCAACAAAUUUCAUCAAAUUGUCUACCAGCUGAUUCAACACUUCUAGACAAAGUCAUUAACUAUCUGGCAAUGGAAGAAAUUACCGGCGAAACAGCCCGACAACAUUCUGAACGUGAGAAUGCAUGGCACGAGUUGCUAUCUUCCAACUUCCUCCUCCACAUACCCGACGAGGAGCAAUUGCGUAUGGCUCGCAAAGCCAACUGUUUCUAUGUCGUCGAAUAUUUGCUAGAAAAGCUAAAAAUAUACGAUCAAAUACUCGAGUGUUAUUUGAACAAUCCUCUUCGUUACGAUUCAAUGUUCGCCUAUAUCGAAAUGCAUGCCAAGAAUCCUGAAAGAAAAAUCUUUGACCAACUGUUGUUGCAUUUCCCUCGUAUUCUUUCUAUAGAUUCAGAAAGAACAACUCGAAUUGUUGCCGAUUACUUUAGUAAUAAUAUUGUAGACUUAAUUGGUACGACUACAAACGAUCCAAAGCUACUAUUUGCAUUCCUUAAAGCCCUCCAUUGGCUAUCGGUGCCACUAAACAGUGUAAACAGUGAAACUCUGCUUGAAUUGUUGUGCAUCAAUGAGCCAGACAGUGUUGAUAAUUUCCUAGAAAACUGUGAUGCUUAUCGAAUAGAAACAGCUUUAGAGAUUGUCCAAAAACAUCAUCUAACAUCGGCAUGCAUAAUGCUGUUUGAAAAACAAGGAGACUACCAAAUGGCUUUUAAUAUGUCGCAUGAUCUGCUGCAAGAAGCCACCGAAGCUAAUGCCGAGGCAUGUGCCUUGCAAGUGAGUUCUCUGUGUGCCCGCGCAUCGCAAGUUUUAUCGGUGCAGGAACGUGAGGAAUAUUGGUUCAAAUUGCUCAAACUUAUACUCUCACGAGAGUAUCUAAAAUCGAUAACGAAAAAUAUGCUCCACGAAGCUAGUCAACACGUUGAUUUGUCCCGGCUUGUCCAGUUGGUCAUGAAUACGGGCACAGUAUCGGGCAAUAUUGGUGAUAUCAAAGAUCUACUAAUGGGAAUGCUAUCGAAUUCUCGAUAUGAAACUCAAGCUAUGGCGACCACAGCUAAAAUACUCGGUUCAGAUUUACAUACGAAAUUUGUGAAGCGACAAAAAGAAGCCCAUCGUGGUUUGUGGGUGACAUUUGUCAAAUGUGUUAUCUGUCGUCAAAGACUUUACAACCAAACCGAUGUUCUUGUACUGGGUCCAUGUGGUCAUUCUAUGCAUGUACGUUGUAUUGAACAUAAAGAAAAUGAAUACAAUGAUUGUACCAGUGUCGAUAGUCAUAGCGAUUCCAUUGAAGAAGAAUCCAAAUUCAAAUGUCCACGAUGUGGAUCAGAAAUUCCAGAAUCUGAACCUGUUGAACUAUCACAGCCUGCAGUAAAACUAAUCGAGUGCAAUCGGAGUAAAGACAAUGUGGAACUGGGUGUUUUGCAAUUGAAAGCGCCGCCUAGGAAAUUUUGAAAAUCAUUUCAAUUGUUUAAGUUUUAAUUAUAUAUAAAAUCUAAAAAGAACAUAAACUAAAAAAUAUUCGACUAUUAAUUUUGAUUUGCUUUCCAUUUCUAUUGAAAAAUUAAAAAAAAUAAUAAAUAAAUUAUGUAAGAUUACUUUUCUUUUUAAGCAUGAUUAUUGUCAAGAAAUAUUAUAUAAAAAAAAAAAUAUGUGAUUGUUUAAACUUUUGUUUGUAUUAUAAGAUAAGCUCUAUAAAAUGGAAUUUAUAUUUGUCCAUUAGUUCCAACUGAUGUUU